UUGCCAGCACUGCAGAGCGUGGCAGCAUGGCCGGGGCUGGGGCUGACGUGUGGGCCCGCACCUUUGCCCAGCUGAUGGCCGAAACGAAGCCCCAGGACAACUGGGCUCUGCUCCCCCAGGACAGUCUGGCUGCAGGGUGCCUGGACAGUGGUGGUCUCCAGUACCAGCUGAAGGGUCUCUCCAGGCUCCAGUGCAGCCGCUGCCUGUGGGCCUGGUCCUCCGCCCACGUGCACGUCCUCUUCCACCUGUGGUGGGACAGGGACAGCCGCCGGGGGCUGGUGAAGAUGCGCGUCUGGGGCCAGCGGUGCCGGCUGUGUCCCCCCCCCCCGGAUUGCCAUGUGAGCCCUCUCAACGUCCACAUCUUCCUCAGCAGGCUGGUCCUGCACAUCCUGCAGAAAUGCUACGGGGACAGGCUCAGCCCAGACCAGUGUCCCCAGAUGUGCUUUGGGGACCGCUGUGAGGCCUGCCACCUGAGGGUCUGCUUCCUCCAGAAGGUCCCAGACCCUGCCUGGGGGCCGGUGGCCGGGAGCCCUGUCGCUGCCGAGCGCAGCCAUGCCGGGAACGACGGUCGCGUCCCCAUUGCUGCCCUGGGCGGCAGCAGCUCCAUCUCUAGGGGCACACCACCGUCCGCCCCCAGCAGUGGCCCCCCGGCCAGGUGCGCCAGGGGCCUGGUCACCAUCUCUCUCUGUGUGUUCGAGUUCAUCGAGAGCCCCUCUCUGAGAGCAAGGGCUGCAGCUUUGUCUGUGCCCUUCUCCCUUGUGGACAUGGGCAUGGACCAGGGGCCAGUCGCCCACGGUGGUGCCUCCCCUGGGGGCAGCUCCCUCCCUGCAGCUGGCAGAGGGCCAAGCGUCCUCUGCAAGGGCUCCAUCUGUCUGUCCGGGAGCUCCACAGCUGCCCCUGAGGGCAAAGGCAUCGCGGUGGGCGUCAGAGACCCCAUCUUCCAGGGCAGAGGCCUCCUCCUCGAAGUCCAGAGGACCUUCGAGCUCGGAGACUUCCUCUUCAGAGGCCCCACGUCUCGGCCUCGGGCCCGAUGGGGAGGGCUCCCCCACCUUCCCCCUGUCCUUUGCCAGGGCCAUGGGGGACAAGGACGCCUUCACCUGCUGGGCGGAGGGUGGAGGGCAGGAGGGGGCCCCACGGCCAGGGAGGAGCACUCAGUCACAUUCCCCUUCGCCCUCACCGAGGACGCAGACGCCUUCGCUGGUGUUGCCCAAGGCAACCGGAAGGAGGGUGGCCACCAGGGCCUCGCCACUGCCGGUCACGACCUCAGUCCAGCGACCAAUGCCGGUGGCCUCACUUCUGAGGGUGAGGGCUCCCUGGCCUCCUCCUCCCUUCCUGGUGGCGUCAAAGGCAGAGACUCUUUCACUGACAUCACCGAAGGCAGAGAGAAGGAAGACGGCAGCCAGGGCCCUGCGGGCCACGAGUCCUGCCCGCCGGCCAGCGCCCACAGCCCCGUCUGCGUCAGCGAGGGCUCCAUCACCAUCCCCUUCUCAGUCCUGGACAUGAUUCUCAAGGGCCCCGGCCACACCGCCCACGGCCCCCAAGACAAUGGCUUGGUCAUCUACAGCGAUUGCAGGAAGAGGCGGCUGAGGUCCAGGUCGCUCGGCAAGCCCAGCCGUGGCCGCCGCAGAGAGGCAGACCUCUGCCCUGGCCGCGCCUGCCGAAGGCCACCGGCCGAGCCCUACAAGGACGUGUGGAUCUGGGUUUCCACGACCGUCUGCAUCUUCUGGCUGCUGUGCACGUGCAGACUGAACCCUGGCAUCUCCCCCGGGCAAGUGUGACGCCUCCGGCUGGGGUCUGCCCUCCGCCUCCCCAGCAGGUGCCGAUGCGCAAAGCCACCCUGAGAGCCCCCAGCCUGCCAGC